AUGGGUUUAUCUGAGAAAUACCCUGCAUAUGGAGGUCGUGGUCCAGGUGAUUUCCAAAUAGGCAUUGCCCUAGGAACUAUCACUACGAUAUUUGCGUUGUUGCGCAUUUACAUUCGACUGAGAGUGAAUAAAUUCGGAACUACGUCGUUGAUAUGGUUCCUUUCAGCUUAUAUAUUCACUACCACGUCACAAACAUUUGCUUCAAUUGCUAUAUUUAAUGGGUUGGGAAACCACGUGGAAAUUGUAGAAUCUAAGGGCAACAUGAGAAACUACCUUCUAUACAGUUGGUUGGCGGUCUUCUUUUUCAGUAUCGCGAUUCCACUUGGAAAGUGCGCACUAUGCUCCUUCCUUAUAGAAAUGAAUCGUCAAGGAAAUCCGAGGAUUCGUCUCAGUCUAAUUAUUGUCGGUGUCUUGAAUGUUCUUAUCGGUUUCCCAGAACUAGUCAUAAUUUGGACUCAAUGCAAUCCCCCACAGUCACUGUGGGACCCCACUCGGCAGGGCGACUGCAAUGCAAAGCGAAGCACGAUCUAUCUUUCCGUUGUUGGAGCAGUGGCAGCAGUUUCCGAUCUUUAUCUCGCCAUAAUUCCAGCUGCCAUGUUGAUUCCACUUAAGCUCGACUUAAAAUUGAAAAUCGGUCUGAGUUUCUUGAUGGGGGUCGGUGUCUUUGCUGCAGCUGCAGCUAUUGUCCGCGCAUAUGCUGCCAAUAGUCUUAUCGGGCCCGAUGCUACAUACGCAUCUGGUAUCCUGUUCUGCUGGGGUGAGAUCGAAGAAUGGAUCGUGCUCAUUUGCAUGUCAAUCCCACCUAUCUGGCCAUUGCUCUACCCUAUAGCCAACAGAUUCAUCCUCAGCAAAGGUUCCAAGACUUAUCCACCUACAGGUGCUUAUGCCAGCAAGGGUUAUAACCAAUUUGCCUCGACAGGGGCACAAGGUACUAUUCUUGAGACCACUACGAUUGCUAUUACCACGAACAAAGCUCCAGCGACUGGAGUUCAUGCCUCAGACUCAUCAACUGAGUCUCUCAUUGACUCAGAGGCUCAAAAAACCGUGAGGGCCCAUGAUGGCGAAGGACAAGGCUGGAUAGAGAUGAACAACUACAAAAAUUCUUAA